AAGCUGCCGUUUCGCUUUGCAGUCAUUCGAGAAUUUAAACAGACGGAUAACCUGUUCACGGAAUGCAUUUUAGACCAUCCAGCUCCUACAAUGCCGAUCGCAAAAUCUGGAGCGGGGGCAAAAAGGUCUUGUACUUCGACCCACAGCUGUCCAUCGGGCAGAUAAUCUUCCACGAGAUGCGGCGGCAUCCGCAACUUAUUGCUCAGAUUUCAGCCACGGAAAACACUAUUCUCACUAGACAGGAACUGCAUGCAAACUCGAUGCGAGUGGCCAGCUAUAUGCGAUCCCUGGGACUUCUUCAAUCCGAUGUGGUUGGCAUUAUAGCCAGGAAUACCACCCACAUUUUCGCUGUUGCCUACGCCUGCCUUUUUAAUGGAAUUGCCUUUCAUUCGAUUAACAUUCAGUACGAAAAGAGCACUAUUAAAAAGCUCUUCGACAUAACAAAGCCAAAGUUAAUUUUCUGCGAUGGAGAUGAGUUUGAAAAGGUUCGCUCCGCCACUUCCCAUCUGGAAGUGAAGUUGAUCACCAUGCGGAAUCAUCCGUCGGAUUCCAUUCGGAUUGAUGAAGUAUUAGCUACUCCCAUUGAGGAGAACUUCCAGCCAGCUCGACUGGAGCAAGGAAAUGACCAAACUCUGGCCAUUCUGUGCUCCUCCGGAACAACGGGAAUUCCCAAGGCGGUCACCAUUACCAACAGCCGACAAAUGCUCGUUGAGAACUAUCAUCUUACCACUGCUGAUGUGCAGUACUCCCAUAACACCCUUGAUUGGAUCAGCGGCGUGGUAACCAUUAUAACCUCUGGAGUGUUCAGCACAACUCGCAUUAUCGCAGAUAACCGUUUCGAUCCCGCCUUCGCAUUGCGUGUUAUUGAGGAGCACAAGGUCACCUGGAUCAUCCAAGCACCUUCUGCCAUGGCUUUGAUGAUUAACUCCCCGGUGUUCGAGACCUCCGACCUGUCGAGCAUUCGGUGUUAUAAGUUCGGAGGAUCUCGGGCCUCCAUGAAAGUGAUGCAGAGUAUCCGAAGUCAACUGAGCUCGGAUUGUCUACAUUUGUCCUACGGAUUCACGGAGCUGGGCGCCAUGGCCUCGAUAAACUUUCACUUUGACGAGAAACCCGAAUCGGCGGGUCGAGUGGUCAACGGUCUCAGGCUGAAGAUAAUCAACGAUAAAGGUGAAUCCUUGGGACCAGAUGAAGUGGGCGAGGUGUGUAUCCAGAACAACCAAUUCUGGGCAGGUUACUACGGAAACGAAACGGAAACUCGCAAAAUCCGCGAUUCACAGGGAUGGUAUCACUCUGGGGAUCUAGGGUACAUGGAUCGUGAUGGGUUCCUAUACAUCGUUGACCGCAAGAAGGAGAUGCUGAAGUACCAGAACAUCAUGUAUUACCCCAACGACAUCGAGAGCGUCAUCUCCGAGAUGCCGGAAGUGCUGGAGGUCUGCGUCUUCGGGAUUUCCAGUGACAUCUAUGGAGACGAGGCCGCCGCCGCUGUGGUUAAAAAGCUGGGCAGCAAACUAGAGGCCCAAGAUGUUGUGGAUUAUGUGAGCAGCAGGACGGAUUCAAAGUACAAGCAGUUGAACGGAGGAGCCAUCAUCGUGGAGGAUCUGAAGCGAAGUGCCAAUGGGAAGACCAAUCGGAAGGCCAAUAAGGCGUAUUUUUUGGAGGUGAAGCAGAGGAGCCAAGUAAUUACAUAAUUUUUAAAAGCAGUUUGAAGUUAAA